CCACCUCUCAUUUCAUUCUCUUCUUCCCUUGUUCUCAGUCUUUCCCUGUUCUCCCACCCACACGAUGCAGGGCCUACACCGCUGCUCAAACGACGUCGUCCAACUAGACCUCUCCACCACCAACUCCUCCUCCACCUCCUCCUCCUCUUCCUCCCUCUCCAUCGACGUGGACGAGUCCACCGAGGCCCGCAUCACGCGCCUCAUAUCGGAGCACCCCGUCAUCAUCUUCACGCGCUCCUCCUGCUGCAUGUGCCACGUCAUGAAGAAGCUCCUCGCCACCAUCGGCGUCAACCCCACCGUCAUCGAAUUGGACGACCAUGAGAUCGCCGCCCUCCCUCACCCCUCCCCCACUCCCGCCGUCUUCAUCGGUUGGUCUAUUGGGUAG